AUGUCGAUUGUGUCAGUCAGUAGUUGGAAUGAUUUGUUAUUUAAAAGAAUUUUCUGCAAUCAGGUUAUUCAGAGGCGCAUGGACGGAUCUGAAGAUUUCUAUAGGAACUGGAGUGACUACCAGCAUGGAUUUGGUGAUACGUGCGGAGAAUUCUGGAUAGGAAAUGAUAAUUUAUAUCGCCUAACAUCGACCAGCAAGUACCAACUCUUGAUCGUGUUGGAAGAUUUCGACGGAAAUCUUGCAUGUGCUGUUUAUGACUCAUUCAGUGUCGGUCCACCAAGUUCUAACUACACUUUAAAAAUUGGAAACUAUAGAGGAACGGCAGGUGACUCGUUGAAAUAUCACAACAAUAUGACCUUUUCCACAUUCGACCACUAUUACCUUAAACAAAAUUGUCCAGCACGAUACAAAGGAGUUUGGUGGUACAAUGAUUGCCAUGCAUCCAACCUCAACGGCAGGUACCUGCAUGGUAAUCACACCACGUACGCUGAUGGAGUCAAUUGGUUUGCUUUCCGUGAUUACCACUACUCACUGAAGUUCACUGAGAUGAGAGCUGAAAUGAUUUGA